AUGCGCUGCAUGAGGAGAAGUGACGAUGCCCAUGACCAUGCCCAUGACGAUGAACGUCCGCCCAUUUUACCGCAGGAGAAGCACGCAUCGCCACCUAAAGCCAAAAUAAAUCAACCAUUCAUGGCGAGAAUGAAAAAAAAAAAGUUCGUUCAAAAACCCACCUCAACAGACGACGCAGACGAAGGGACAACCACCACAGAUGACGAUCCCAAGGGAGCUCUCGAUACAGAAGAUGCAGAGGAAGAUGCGUCACAAACCCCAGAGACGAAAAGUGGAUUCGGCGCCCUCGACACCGGCACGUCUCGAUAUAACUGGCACUCCUCGCCGGAGGUGGAAUACAACCAGGCGCGACAGGAAGCGAUGUCUGCGCAUUUGGUGGCACAGGACUCGGCGGUGGGAACUUCAAAGGAGAAGGUUAGGGGGGCAUGGCUGAAGAAGGCAAUUGUGUUGUCUUUGACGGAUUGUGUGCAGAUUUUUGGCUGUUGCGCGGUUGCUGGUGUUGCUUGA